UCCUCAGUCCGAGGCCGGCCGUCAGGGGCAGCGCAGAGCAGCGGAGCCUGAGCGCGCCGCCCGCCCCGCCCCGGGCCGCCGGCGCCCGGAUCCGGACCAGCGACUGAACGCGAGGGCCGCCGCCGGCCCGCCCGCCCGGCCGCCGCGAUGUGCGACUGCUUCCACAUGGUGCUGCCCACCUGGCCCGGAGCCCCCGGCAGCGUGUCUGGACGGCAGCUGCAGCCCGAGGACCCGGACGCGGACACGGAGGAGGACCGCUCUGUGACUGAGGGGCCCGUGGAGGAGAUCAUCCGGCCCCGGCCACAGGGGUCCUCGCCCGUCUACGAGUGUGUGACUGAAGGUACCGGCUUCGGACUCCAGGAAGACACGCAAAGCCAGCCAGGCUCCUCCGGGCGACGGAGGUCCUGGUGGAAGCGGGAUUCCGGGGACUCGCGGACCUUCUCCAGGAUGAGCCGUUCGGAGGAGGCGACCGAGGUGACACUGAAGACCGAGGUGGAGGCCGGCGCCAGCGGCUACAGCGUCACGGGCGGCGGGGCCCAGGGCAUCUUUGUCAAGCAGGUGCUGAAGGACUCCUCGGCCGCCAAGCUCUUCAGCCUGAGAGAAGGGGAUCAGCUGCUCAGCGCAACCGUCUUCUUUGACCACAUUAACUAUGAGGAUGCUCUCAAAAUACUUCAGUACUCAGAACCGUACAAGGUCCAGUUCAAGAUCAAACGGAAGCUCCAGGCCGCAGGGACCGAGGACUGGGCCUCCAGCACUGCUCAGCGCGCCCCAAAGCACACGGGGACCCAGGACGAAGAUGUCGCCGAGGGGAGCACAGACACACCCGUGAAGACGCUGGAGAGAGACGGGGACCAAGAGAGGCUCAUCUCCAAGUCCAGGGCAGGCAGAGGCCGGCGGGCCCAGAGGGAGAGGCUGUCCUGGCCCAAAUUCCAAGCCACGAAGAGCAAGCGUGGGCCCCGGAGGUCGCACAGCUCCUCCGAGGCCUACGAGAGGGGCCAGGCCCCCAGCGGGUCCCCCACGAGCUCGGACACGGAGGCCCAGUUCCUGGCAGAGGAGCGGGAGCGGACGGCCGGGGCCGGCAGCCAGCGGAGGAGGCGGUUCCUAAACCUGAGGUUCAAGGUGGGUUCCGGGAAGGGACUGUCGCCGGUGGGGCGCCGAGGCAGAGCAGCCCGAGGCGGGACUGUCCAGACCCCCCACCUUGCGGAGGCGGGGUCCUGGGGUGACAGCCGACAGGAAAAGAGGGAGAGCAGGGCGGCAGAGACCCCGGCGGGGACACCUGUUCUGAGCAUGGAGGGUGGAACGGGCAUGGCACCCAGACGCCGAAAGAAGACAAAGGCGGGGCAGGGCCAGGGGGAGAGGGUGCCACGGGGGACAGCCGGGGUGGGCCCAGCCCCCGGACGAAGCCGGGCGGGCCACGGGGAGGGAGGCAGAGGCUGGACACGGGCACUGCCAGGUGAUCCCUGCAAGACCCUGCCGGUGAGGCCGCCCACGGGGCCACCAGCCGAGUGCCAGACCCGAGCACCAAACCUACAGACGCCCACCUUCAGCUUUUCCAAAGGAAAAGAGCUGGGCCCCGAAGGAGGCAUGCAGGCCCACGAGCCGGGGCGCCAGCAGGAGCAGCCGGCCGCUGCGGCCAUGGAGGAGGGGGCCCAGGGCCCAGACACUGCGUGGGGCAGAGUCCCCACAGCGCACAGGCCGCACGGGGAGGAUGCCAGAGCAGAGAGGGGCGCGGCAGGACAGAGAGAGGGCAGCAAAAGGGGGGACAGUGACGUGGGGGGCAGGGAGGAGAAGAGGAAAAUGCUGGGGUUGAAAAUGCCCUCGUUCGGACAGUCCCCGGAGGAGGCAAAGCCCAGGGCAGGAACACGGGGACAGGAAACAGACAGAGAGACCCAGGGACACAGACACCUCACGGCUGUCAAUUUGCAGAUGGACCCAGAGGAUGCCGAUGGGAAGGAGAGAGGAGCCCAGAAACACCCAGCGAGGAGGACAGCAGAGAGGGACCGGGGGGCCAAGCCACAGGGCAGCCUCGGCCUCGGGGACAAGGAGGUGGCCGCCCACGACAGCAAGUUCAAGAUGCCCAAGUUCAGGAUGCCUUCCUUCUGCACGUCAGGGGCAGCCGUGGAGGCCUCAGGGGACGUGUCCCUGCCAAAGGCCGAGGCAGACGUGUCCCUGCCCUCCAUCCAGACUGACGUCAAGGCCAGUGACCUCAGUAUCGAGCUGCCGUCUGCCGACGUGGACAUCAAGACAGGCGAGCUGGGAGUGAAGCUCCCGGAGGGCCACCUGCCUGAGGGGGAGCUCGAGGGACCCGCCUCUGGAAUCGAACUCAAAGGGCACCUGCCCAAGGUGCACAUGCCCAGCAUGAAGAUGCCCAAAGCAGACUUCAAGGGCCCCCAGGUGGACAUCAAGGGGCCCAAACUGGACCUGAAGGGCGCCAAAGGGGAGGUGUCGGCCCCUGACAUGGAGGUGUCGCUGCCCAGCGUGGAGGCGAACAUCCAGGCACCAGGCCCAAUGGUGGAGGGAGAUGUUGUCCUGAGGGACAGAGAGAUGGACACCUGGGAGGGGAUGGUCAAGAUACCCAAGUUCAAGAUGCCUUCCUUCGGAGUAUCGAGGCCAGAGAUAAACUGGGGGACAUCUGUGGACGUGCCCGAGACCGAGUCGAGAGGGGAGGCGAGACUUCCUUCCCUGGAGGGUGAGAUGCGAGUCCCAGAGGGUAGCAUCCACUCGCCAUCUGCUGACCUCGAGCUCCCUGGGGGAGAGUGGGCGGUGGCCGUCCCUGGGGGAGAGGUGACCCAGGGAGAGCUGAAAGGCAAAGCAGGAGCCAGAUUCAAAGGCCACAUGGCCAAGGUGCAGAUGCCCAGCAUCCAGGUACCCAAGGUGGAUCUAAAGGGUGCCCAGGGGGACAUCAAGGGGCCCAAACUGGACUUGAAGGAUGCCAAAGGGGAGGUGAAUGUACCCAAUAUGGAGGUGUCACUGCCAAGCGUAGAGAACAUUCCGGCACCAGGGCUCAGACUUGAGGGUGAACUCAUCCAAGGGGAUAAGAAAGUGGCGGCCAAGGAAAGCAUAUUCAAGAUGCCCAAGUUCAAGAUGCCUUCGUUCGGCACAUCUGUACCGAGCAAGGAUUGGGGAAGUUCCGUGGACAUGCCAGGGCCCAUGGACGAAGGGAAGAUGACGCUGCCUUACUUCCAAGGUGAGAUGGGAGUCGCAGAGGGCAGCGUCAGAAUGCCAUCGGCUGGUCUCGAGCUCCCUGGGGGAGACAUGGAGGUGGCCCUGCCUGAGGGACAGGUGAGCCUGGGAGAGAUGAAGGGCAAAACAGAAGGAGCCAGCUUCAAGGGCCACAUGCCCAAGAUGCAAAUGCCAGGCAUGAGGAUACCCAAAGUAGACUUCAAUGGUCCCCAGAUGGACUUCAAGGGGCCUAAACUGGACUCGAAGGGCACCAAAGCAGAUAUGACAGCCGCUGAAAUGGAAGUGACAUUUCCCAGUGUGGAGGUGGGCAUGCAGAAAAAAGGGGUCGAGCUGCAAGGUGACAUUGUCCCAGGGGGCAAGCAGGUAGCCACCAAAGACAGCAAAUUCAAGAUGCCCAAGUUCAAGAUGCCUUCCUUCGGGGUGUCUGGGCCAGGCAAGUCCAUGGAGGCCUCAGCGGACGUGUCCCUGCCCUCCAUCCAGACUGACGUCAAGGCCAGUGACCUCAGUAUCGAGCUGCCGUCUGCCGACGUGGACAUCAAGACAGGCGAGCUGGGAGUGAAGCUCCCUGAGGGCCACCUGCCUGAGGGAGAGCUCGAGGGACCCUCCUCCGGAAUGGGGUUCAAAGGGCACCUGCCCAAGGUGCACAUGCCCAGCAUGAAGAUGCCCAAAGUAGACUUCAAGGGCCCCCAGGUGGACAUCAAGGGGCCCAAACUGGACCUGAAGGGCGCCAAAGGGGAGGUGUCGGCCCCUGACAUGGAAGUGUCGCUGCCCAGUGUGGAGAUCGACGUCCAGGCUCCGGGCGCCAAGCUGGAGGGCGACAUUGUCUUGGGCUCCAAGGAGGUGGCAGCCCACGACAGCAAGUUCAAGAUGCCCAAGUUCAAGAUGCCUUCCUUCGGGAUGUCUGGGCCAGGCAAGUCCAUGGAGGCCUCAGUGGACAUGUCCCUGCCAAAGGCUGAGGCAGACGUGUCCCUGCCCUCCAUCCAGACUGACGUCAAGGCCAGUGACCUCAGUAUCGAGCUGCCGUCUGCCGACGUGGACAUCAAGACAGGCGAGCUGGGAGUGAAGCUCCCCGAGGGCCACCUGCCUGAGGGAGAGCUCGAGGGACCCUCCUCCGGAAUGGGGUUCAAAGGGCACCUGCCCAAGGUGCACAUGCCCAGCAUGAAGAUGCCCAAAGUAGACUUCAAGGGCCCCCAGGUGGACAUCAAGGGGCCCAAACUGGACCUGAAGGGCGCCAAAGGGGAGGUGUCGGCCCCUGACAUGGAAGUGUCGCUGCCCAGUGUGGAGAUCGACGUCCAGGCUCCGGGCGCCAAGCUGGAGGGCGACAUUGUCUUGGGCUCCAAGGAGGUGGCAGCCCACGACAGCAAGUUCAAGAUGCCCAAGUUCAAGAUGCCUUCCUUCGGGACGUCUGGGCCCGGCAAGUCCAUGGAGGCCUCAGUGGACGUGUCCCUGCCCUCCAUCCAGACUGACAUCAAGACCAGUGACCUCAGUAUCGAGCUGCCCUCUGCCGACGUGGACGUGAAGACAGGAGAGCUGGGAGUGAAGCUCCCGGAGGGCCACCUGCCCGAGGGAGAGCUCCAGGAACCCGCCUCCGGAGUUGCACUCAAAGGGCACCUGCCCAAGGUGCACAUGCCCAGCGUGAAGAUGCCCAAAGUAGACUUCAAGGGCCCCCAGGUGGACAUCAAGGGGCCCAAACUGGACCUGAAGGGCGCCAAAGGGGAGGUGUCGGCCCCUGACAUGGAAGUGUCGCUGCCCAGUGUGGAGAUCGACGUCCAGGCUCCGGGCGCCAAGCUGGAGGGCGACAUUGUCUUGGGCUCCAAGGAGGUGGCAGCCCACGACAGCAAGUUCAAGAUGCCCAAGUUCAAGAUGCCUUCCUUCGGGAUGUCUGGGCCAGGCAAGUCCAUGGAGGCCUCAGUGGACAUGUCCCUGCCAAAGGCUGAGGCAGACGUGUCCCUGCCCUCCAUCCAGACUGACGUCAAGGCCAGUGACCUCAGUAUCGAGCUGCCGUCUGCCGACGUGGACAUCAAGACAGGCGAGCUGGGAGUGAAGCUCCCCGAGGGCCACCUGCCUGAGGGAGAGCUCGAGGGACCCUCCUCCGGAAUGGGGUUCAAAGGGCACCUGCCCAAGGUGCACAUGCCCAGCAUGAAGAUGCCCAAAGUAGACUUCAAGGGCCCCCAGGUGGACAUCAAGGGGCCCAAACUGGACCUGAAGGGCGCCAAAGGGGAGCUGUUGGCCCCUGACAUGGAAGUGUCGCUGCCCAGUGUGGAGAUCGACGUCCAGGCUCCGGGCGUCAAGCUGGAGGGCGACAUUGUCUUGGGCUCCAAGGAGGUGGCAGCCCACGACAGCAAGUUCAAGAUGCCCAAGUUCAAGAUGCCUUCCUUCGGGACGUCUGGGCCCGGCAAGUCCAUGGAGGCCUCAGUGGACGUGUCCCUGCCCUCCAUCCAGACUGACAUCAAGACCAGUGACCUCAGUAUCGAGCUGCCCUCUGCCGACGUGGACGUGAAGACAGGAGAGCUGGGAGUGAAGCUCCCGGAGGGCCACCUGCCCGAGGGAGAGCUCCAGGAACCCGCCUCCGGAGUUGCACUCAAAGGGCACCUGCCCAAGGUGCACAUGCCCAGCGUGAAGAUGCCCAAAGUAGACUUCAAGGGCCCCCAGGUGGACAUCAAGGGGCCCAAGCUGGACCUGAAGGGCGCCAAAGGGGAGGUGACCGUCCCCGACAUGGAGGUUUCGCUGCCCAGUGUGGAGGUGGACAUUCAGGCCCCGGGCGCCAAGCUGGAGGGAGACAUCGCUCUGGGGGACACAGAGGUGGCCACCAAAGACAGCAAGUUCAAGAUGCCCAAGUUCAAGAUGCCUUCCUUCGGGAUGUCUGGGCCAGGCAAGUCCAUGGAGGCCUCAGUGGACAUGUCCCUGCCAAAGGCUGAGGCAGACGUGUCCCUGCCCUCCAUCCAGACUGACGUCAAGGCCAGUGACCUCAGUAUCGAGCUGCCGUCUGCCGACGUGGACAUCAAGACAGGCGAGCUGGGAGUGAAGCUCCCUGAGGGCCACCUGCCUGAGGGAGAGCUCGAGGGACCCUCCUCCGGAAUGGGGUUCAAAGGGCACCUGCCCAAGGUGCACAUGCCCAGCAUGAAGAUGCCCAAAGUAGACUUCAAGGGCCCCCAGGUGGACAUCAAGGGGCCCAAACUGGACCUGAAGGGCGCCAAAGGGGAGCUGUUGGCCCCUGACAUGGAAGUGUCGCUGCCCAGUGUGGAGAUCGACGUCCAGGCUCCGGGCGCCAAGCUGGAGGGCGACAUUGUCUUGGGCUCCAAGGAGGUGGCAGCCCACGACAGCAAGUUCAAGAUGCCCAAGUUCAAGAUGCCUUCCUUCGGGACGUCUGGGCCCGGCAAGUCCAUGGAGGCCUCAGUGGACGUGUCCCUGCCCUCCAUCCAGACUGACAUCAAGACCAGUGACCUCAGUAUCGAGCUGCCCUCUGCCGACGUGGACGUGAAGACAGGAGAGCUGGGAGUGAAGCUCCCGGAGGGCCACCUGCCCGAGGGAGAGCUCCAGGAACCCGCCUCCGGAGUUGCACUCAAAGGGCACCUGCCCAAGGUGCACAUGCCCAGCGUGAAGAUGCCCAAAGUAGACUUCAAGGGCCCCCAGGUGGACAUCAAGGGGCCCAAGCUGGACCUGAAGGGCGCCAAAGGGGAGGUGACCAUCCCCGACAUGGAGGUUUCGCUGCCCAGUGUGGAGGUGGACAUUCAGGCCCCGGGCGCCAAGCUGGAGGGAGACAUCGCUCUGGGGGACACAGAGGUGGCCACCAAAGACAGCAAGUUCAAGAUGCCCAAGUUCAAGAUGCCUUCCUUCGGGAUGUCUGGGCCAGGCAAGUCCAUGGAGGCCUCAGUGGACAUGUCCCUGCCAAAGGCUGAGGCAGACGUGUCCCUGCCCUCCAUCCAGACUGACGUCAAGGCCAGUGACCUCAGUAUCGAGCUGCCGUCUGCCGACGUGGACAUCAAGACAGGCGAGCUGGGAGUGAAGCUCCCUGAGGGCCACCUGCCUGAGGGAGAGCUCGAGGGACCCUCCUCCGGAAUGGGGUUCAAAGGGCACCUGCCCAAGGUGCACAUGCCCAGCAUGAAGAUGCCCAAAGUAGACUUCAAGGGCCCCCAGGUGGACAUCAAGGGGCCCAAACUGGACCUGAAGGGCGCCAAAGGGGAGGUGUCGGCCCCUGACAUGGAAGUGUCGCUGCCCAGUGUGGAGAUCGACGUCCAGGCUCCGGGCGCCAAGCUGGAGGGCGACAUUGUCUUGGGCUCCAAGGAGGUGGCAGCCCACGACAGCAAGUUCAAGAUGCCCAAGUUCAAGAUGCCUUCCUUCGGGACGUCUGGGCCCGGCAAGUCCAUGGAGGCCUCAGUGGACGUGUCCCUGCCCUCCAUCCAGACUGACAUCAAGACCAGUGACCUCAGUAUCGAGCUGCCCUCUGCCGACGUGGACGUGAAGACAGGAGAGCUGGGAGUGAAGCUCCCGGAGGGCCACCUGCCCGAGGGAGAGCUCCAGGAACCCGCCUCCGGAGUUGCACUCAAAGGGCACCUGCCCAAGGUGCACAUGCCCAGCGUGAAGAUGCCCAAAGUAGACUUCAAGGGCCCCCAGGUGGACAUCAAGGGGCCCAAGCUGGACCUGAAGGGCGCCAAAGGGGAGGUGACCGUCCCCGACAUGGAGGUUUCGCUGCCCAGUGUGGAGGUGGACAUUCAGGCCCCGGGCGCCAAGCUGGAGGGAGACAUCGCUCUGGGGGACACAGAGGUGGCCACCAAAGACAGCAAGUUCAAGAUGCCCAAGUUCAAGAUGCCUUCCUUCGGGAUGUCUGGGCCAGGCAAGUCCAUGGAGGCCUCAGUGGACAUGUCCCUGCCAAAGGCUGAGGCAGACGUGUCCCUGCCCUCCAUCCAGACUGACGUCAAGGCCAGUGACCUCAGUAUCGAGCUGCCGUCUGCCGACGUGGACAUCAAGACAGGCGAGCUGGGAGUGAAGCUCCCCGAGGGCCACCUUCCUGAGGGAGAGCUCGAGGGACCCUCCUCCGGAAUGGGGUUCAAAGGGCACCUGCCCAAGGUGCACAUGCCCAGCAUGAAGAUGCCCAAAGUAGACUUCAAGGGCCCCCAGGUGGACAUCAAGGGGCCCAAACUGGACCUGAAGGGCGCCAAAGGGGAGGUGUCGGCCCCUGACAUGGAAGUGUCGCUGCCCAGUGUGGAGUUCGACGUCCAGGCUCCAGGCGCCAAGCUGGAGGGCGACAUUGUCUUGGGCUCCAAGGAGGUGGCAGCCCACGACAGCAAGUUCAAGAUGCCCAAGUUCAAGAUGCCUUCCUUCGGGACGUCUGGGCCCGGCAAGUCCAUGGAGGCCUCAGUGGACGUGUCCCUGCCCUCCAUCCAGACUGACAUCAAGACCAGUGACCUCAGUAUCGAGCUGCCCUCUGCCGACGUGGACGUGAAGACAGGAGAGCUGGGAGUGAAGCUCCCGGAGGGCCACCUGCCCGAGGGAGAGCUCCAGGAACCCGCCUCCGGAGUUGGACUCAAAGGGCACCUGCCCAAGGUGCACAUGCCCAGCGUGAAGAUGCCCAAAGUAGACGUCAAGGCCCCCCAGGUGGACAUCAAGGGGCCCAAGCUGGACCUGAAGGGCCCCAAAGGGGAGGUGACCGUCCCCGACAUGGAGGUUUCGCUGCCCAGUGUGGAGGUGGACAUUCAGGCACCGGGCGCCAAGCUGGAAGGAGACAUCGCUCUGGGGGACACAGAGGUGGCCACCAAAGACAGCAAGUUCAAGAUGCCCAAGUUCAAGAUGCCUUCCUUCGGGAUGUCUGGGCCAGGCAAGUCCAUGGAGGCCUCAGUGGACAUGUCCCUGCCAAAGGCUGAGGCAGACGUGUCCCAGCCCUCCAUCCAGACUGACGUCAAGGCCAGUGACCUCAGUAUCGAGCAGCCGUCUGCCGACGUGGACAUCAAGACAGGCGAGCUGGGAGUGAAGCUCCCCGAGGGCCACCUGCCUGAGGGAGAGCUCGAGGGACCCUCCUCCGGAAUGGGGUUCAAAGGGCACCUGCCCAAGGUGCACAUGCCCAGCAUGAAGAUGCCCAAAGUAGACUUCAAGGGCCCCCAGGUGGACAUCAAGGGGCCCAAAGUGGACCUGAAGGGCGCCAAAGGGGAGGUGACCGUCCCCGAGGGAGAAGUGAAGCUGGGAGAACUGAAGGGCAAAGCAGAAGGGGCCACGUUCAAGGGCCACAUGCCCAAGGUGCACAUGCCCAGCGUGAAGAUGCCCAAAGUAGACGUCAAGGCCCCCCAGGUGGACAUCAAGGGGCCCAAGCUGGACCUGAAGGGCGCCAAAGCGGAGGUGACCGUCUCCGACAUGGAGGUUUCGCUGCCCAGUGUGGAGGUGGACAUUCAGGCCCCGGGCGCCAAGCUGGAGGGAGACAUCGCUCUGGGGGACACAGAGGUGGCCACCAAAGACAGCAAGUUCAAGAUGCCCAAGUUCAAGAUGCCUUCCUUCGGGAUGUCUGGGCCAGGCAAGUCCAUGGAGGCCUCAGUGGACAUGUCCCUGCCAAAGGCUGAGGCAGACGUGUCCCUGCCCUCCAUCCAGACUGACGUCAAGGCCAGUGACCUCAGUAUCGAGCUGCCGUCUGCCGACGUGGACAUCAAGACAGGCGAGCUGGGAGUGAAGCUCCCUGAGGGCCACCUGCCUGAGGGAGAGCUCGAGGGACCCUCCUCCGGAAUGGGGUUCAAAGGGCACCUGCCCAAGGUGCACAUGCCCAGCAUGAAGAUGCCCAAAGUAGACUUCAAGGGCCCCCAGGUGGACAUCAAGGGGCCCAAACUGGACCUGAAGGGCGCCAAAGGGGAGGUGUCGGCCCCUGACAUGGAAGUGUCGCUGCCCAGUGUGGAGAUCGACGUCCAGGCUCCGGGCGCCAAGCUGGAGGGCGACAUUGUCUUGGGCUCCAAGGAGGUGGCAGCCCACGACAGCAAGUUCAAGAUGCCCAAGUUCAAGAUGCCUUCCUUCGGGACGUCUGGGCCCGGCAAGUCCAUGGAGGCCUCAGUGGACGUGUCCCUGCCCUCCAUCCAGACUGACAUCAAGACCAGUGACCUCAGUAUCGAGCUGCCCUCUGCCGACGUGGACGUGAAGACAGGAGAGCUGGGAGUGAAGCUCCCGGAGGGCCACCUGCCCGAGGGAGAGCUCCAGGAACCCGCCUCCGGAGUUGCACUCAAAGGGCACCUGCCCAAGGUGCACAUGCCCAGCGUGAAGAUGCCCAAAGUAGACUUCAAGGGCCCCCAGGUGGACAUCAAGGGGCCCAAGCUGGACCUGAAGGGCGCCAAAGGGGAGGUGACCGUCUCCGACAUGGAGGUUUCGCUGCCCAGUGUGGAGGUGGACAUUCAGGCCCCGGGCGCCAAGCUGGAGGGAGACAUCGCUCUGGGGGACACAGAGGUGGCCACCAAAGACAGCAAGUUCAAGAUGCCCAAGUUCAAGAUGCCUUCCUUCGGGAUGUCUGGGCCAGGCAAGUCCAUGGAGGCCUCAGUGGACAUGUCCCUGCCAAAGGCUGAGGCAGACGUGUCCCUGCCCUCCAUCCAGACUGACGUCAAGGCCAGUGACCUCAAUAUCGAGCAGCCGUCUGCCGACGUGGACAUCAAGACAGGCGAGCUGGGAGUGAAGCUCCCCGAGGGCCACCUGCCUGAGGGAGAGCUCGAGGGACCCUCCUCCGGAAUGGGGUUCAAAGGGCACCUGCCCAAGGUGCACAUGCCCAGCAUGAAGAUGCCCAAAGUAGACUUCAAGGGCCCCCAGGUGGACAUCAAGGGGCCCAAAGUGGACCUGAAGGGCGCCAAAGGGGAGGUGACCGUCCCCGAGGGAGAAGUGAAGCUGGGAGAACUGAAGGGCAAAGCAGAAGGGGCCACGUUCAAGGGCCACAUGCCCAAGGUGCACAUGCCCAGCGUGAAGAUGCCCAAAGUAGACGUCAAGGCCCCCCAGGUGGACAUCAAGGGGCCCAAGCUGGACCUGAAGGGCGCCAAAGCGGAGGUGACCGUCUCCGACAUGGAGGUUUCGCUGCCCAGUGUGGAGGUGGACAUUCAGGCCCCGGGCGCCAAGCUGGAGGGAGACAUCGCUCUGGGGGACACAGAGGUGGCCACCAAAGACAGCAAGUUCAAGAUGCCCAAGUUCAAGAUGCCUUCCUUCGGGAUGUCUGGGCCAGGCAAGUCCAUGGAGGCCUCAGUGGACAUGUCCCUGCCAAAGGCUGAGGCAGACGUGUCCCUGCCCUCCAUCCAGACUGACGUCAAGGCCAGUGACCUCAGUAUCGAGCUGCCGUCUGCCGACGUGGACAUCAAGACAGGCGAGCUGGGAGUGAAGCUCCCUGAGGGCCACCUGCCUGAGGGAGAGCUCGAGGGACCCUCCUCCGGAAUGGGGUUCAAAGGGCACCUGCCCAAGGUGCACAUGCCCAGCAUGAAGAUGCCCAAAGUAGACUUCAAGGGCCCCCAGGUGGACAUCAAGGGGCCCAAACUGGACCUGAAGGGCGCCAAAGGGGAGCUGUCGGCCCCUGACAUGGAAGUGUCGCUGCCCAGUGUGGAGAUCGACGUCCAGGCUCCGGGCGCCAAGCUGGAGGGCGACAUUGUCUUGGGCUCCAAGGAGGUGGCAGCCCACGACAGCAAGUUCAAGAUGCCCAAGUUCAAGAUGCCUUCCUUCGGGACGUCUGGGCCUGGCAAGUCCAUGGAGGCCUCAGUGGACGUGUCCCUGCCCUCCAUCCAGACUGACAUCAAGACCAGUGACAUCAGUAUCGAGCUGCCCUCUGCCGACGUGGACGUGAAGACAGGAGAGCUGGGAGUGAAGCUCCCGGAGGCCCACCUGCCCGAGGGAGAGCUCCAGGAACCCGCCUCCGGAGUUGGACUCAAAGAGCACCUGCCCAAGGUGCACAUGCCCAGCGUGAAGAUGCCCAAAGUAGACUUCAAGGGCCCCCAGGUGGACAUCAAGGGGCCCAAAGUGGACCUGAAGGGCGCCAAAGGGGAGGUGACCGUCCCCGAGGGAGAAGUGAAGCUGGGAGAACUGAAGGGCAAAGCAGAAGGGGCCACGUUCAAGGGCCACAUGCCCAAGGUGCACAUGCCCAGCGUGAAGAUGCCCAAAGUAGACGUCAAGGCCCCCCAGGUGGACAUCAAGGGGCCCAAGCUGGACCUGAAGGGCGCCAAAGGGGAGGUGACCGUCCCCGACAUGGAGGUUUCGCUGCCCAGUGUGGAGGUGGACAUUCAGGCCCCGGGCGCCAAGCUGGAGGGAGACAUCGCUCUGGGGGACACAGAGGUGGCCACCAAAGACAGCAAGUUCAAGAUGCCCAAGUUCAAGAUGCCUUCCUUCGGGAUGUCUGGGCCAGGCAAGUCCAUGGAGGCCUCAGUGGACAUGUCCCUGCCAAAGGCUGAGGCAGACGUGUCCCUGCCCUCCAUCCAGACUGACGUCAAGGCCAGUGACCUCAGUAUCGAGCUGCCGUCUGCCGACGUGGACAUCAAGACAGGCGAGCUGGGAGUGAAGCUCCCCGAGGGCCACCUGCCUGAGGGAGAGCUCGAGGGACCCUCCUCCGGAAUGGGGUUCAAAGGGCACCUGCCCAAGGUGCACAUGCCCAGCAUGAAGAUGCCCAAAGUAGACUUCAAGGGCCCCCAGGUGGACAUCAAGGGGCCCAAACUGGACCUGAAGGGCGCCAAAGGGGAGGUGUCGGCCCCUGACAUGGAAGUGUCGCUGCCCAGUGUGGAGAUCGACGUCCAGGCUCCGGGCGCCAAGCUGGAGGGCGACAUUGUCUUGGGCUCCAAGGAGGUGGCAGCCCACGACAGCAAGUUCAAGAUGCCCAAGUUCAAGAUGCCUUCCUUCGGGACGUCUGGGCCCGGCAAGUCCAUGGAGGCCUCAGUGGACGUGUCCCUGCCCUCCAUCCAGACUGACAUCAAGACCAGUGACCUCAGUAUCGAGCUGCCCUCUGCCGACGUGGACGUGAAGACAGGAGAGCUGGGAGUGAAGCUCCCGGAGGGCCACCUGCCCGAGGGAGAGCUCCAGGAACCCGCCUCCGGAGUUGCACUCAAAGGGCACCUGCCCAAGGUGCACAUGCCCAGCGUGAAGAUGCCCAAAGUAGACGUCAAGGCCCCCCAGGUGGACAUCAAGGGGCCCAAGCUGGACCUGAAGGGCCCCAAAGGGGAGGUGACCGUCCCCGACAUGGAGGUUUCGCUGCCCAGUGUGGAGGUGGACAUUCAGGCCCCGGGCGCCAAGCUGGAGGGAGACAUCGCUCUGGGGGACACAGAGGUGGCCACCAAAGACAGCAAGUUCAAGAUGCCCAAGUUCAAGAUGCCUUCCUUCGGGAUGUCUGGGCCAGGCAAGUCCAUGGAGGCCUCAGUGGACAUGUCCCUGCCAAAGGCUGAGGCAGACGUGUCCCUGCCCUCCAUCCAGACUGACGUCAAGGCCAGUGACCUCAGUAUCGAGCUGCCGUCUGCCGACGUGGACAUCAAGACAGGCGAGCUGGGAGUGAAGCUCCCCGAGGGCCACCUGCCUGAGGGAGAGCUCGAGGGACCCUCCUCCGGAAUGGGGUUCAAAGGGCACCUGCCCAAGGUGCACAUGCCCAGCAUGAAGAUGCCCAAAGUAGACUUCAAGGGCCCCCAGGUGGACAUCAAGGGGCCCAAACUGGACCUGAAGGGCGCCAAAGGGGAGGUGUCGGCCCCUGACAUGGAAGUGUCGCUGCCCAGUGUGGAGAUCGACGUCCAGGCUCCGGGCGCCAAGCUGGAGGGCGACAUUGUCUUGGGCUCCAAGGAGGUGGCAGCCCACGACAGCAAGUUCAAGAUGCCCAAGUUCAAGAUGCCUUCCUUCGGGACGUCUGGGCCCGGCAAGUCCAUGGAGGCCUCAGUGGACGUGUCCCUGCCCUCCAUCCAGACUGACAUCAAGACCAGUGACCUCAGUAUCGAGCUGCCCUCUGCCGACGUGGACGUGAAGACAGGAGAGCUGGGAGUGAAGCUCCCGGAGGGCCACCUGCCCGAGGGAGAGCUCCAGGAACCCGCCUCCGGAGUUGCACUCAAAGGGCACCUGCCCAAGGUGCACAUGCCCAGCGUGAAGAUGCCCAAAGUAGACGUCAAGGCCCCCCAGGUGGACAUCAAGGGGCCCAAGCUGGACCUGAAGGGCCCCAAAGGGGAGGUGACCGUCCCCGACAUGGAGGUUUCGCUGCCCAGUGUGGAGGUGGACAUUCAGGCCCCGGGCGCCAAGCUGGAGGGAGACAUCGCUCUGGGGGACACAGAGGUGGCCACCAAAGACAGCAAGUUCAAGAUGCCCAAGUUCAAGAUGCCUUCCUUCGGGAUGUCUGGGCCAGGCAAGUCCAUGGAGGCCUCAGUGGACAUGUCCCUGCCAAAGGCUGAGGCAGACGUGUCCCUGCCCUCCAUCCAGACUGACGUCAAGGCCAGUGACCUCAGUAUCGAGCUGCCCUCUGCCGACGUGGACGUGAAGACAGGAGAGCUGGGAGUGAAGCUCCCGGAGGGCCACCUGCCUGAGGGAGAGCUCGAGGGACCCUCCUCCGGAAUGGGGUUCAAAGGGCACCUGCCCAAGGUGCACAUGCCCAGCAUGAAGAUGCCCAAAGUAGACUUCAAGGGCCCCCAGGUGGACAUCAAGGGGCCCAAACUGGACCUGAAGGGCGCCAAAGGGGAGGUGUCGGCCCCUGACAUGGAAGUGUCGCUGCCCAGUGUGGAGAUCGACGUCCAGGCUCCGGGCGCCAACCUGGAGGGCGACAUUGUCCUGGGUUCCAAGGAGGUGGCAGCCCACGACAGCAAGUUCAAGAUGCCCAAGUUCAAGAUGCCUUCCUUCGGGACGUCUGGGGCCAGCAAAUCCAUGGAGGCCUCAGUGGACGUGUCCCUGCCCUCCAUCCAGACUGACAUCAAGACCAGUGACAUCAGUAUCGAGCUGCCCUCUGCCGACGUGGACGUGAAGACAGGAGAGCUGGGAGUGAAGCUCCCGGAGGGCCACCUGCCUGCGGUAGAGCUCCAUGGAUCGGCCUCCACAGUUGGCAGCAAAUGGCAUAUGCCCAAGGUGCACAUGCCCAGCAUGAAGAUACCCAAAGUAGACUUCAAGGGCCCCCAGGUGGAUAUCCAGGGGCCGCAACUCGACCUGAAAGGCUCCAAAGGGGAGGUGACUGUCCCUGACUUGGAGGUGUCUGUGCCCAGUGUGGAAGUUGAAAUCCAGGCUGAUGGCUCCAAGCUGGAGGGAGACAUUGUCCUGGGGGAUAAGGCAGUGGCUACCAAAGACAGCAAGUUCAAGAUGCCCAAGUUCAAGAUGCCUUCCUUCGGUGCCUCUCCACCAAGCAGGGAUUGGGGAACAUCAGUGGACGUGUCCAUGUCCAACACCACGGGGACGGCCACUCUGCCGUCCAUGGUAGGUGAGAUUCACGGCCCAGAAGGCAGCAUCCACCUGCCAUCUGCUCAUCUCGAGCUCCCUGGGGGAGAGGUGGAGGUCCCCCUGCAGGAAGGAGAGGUGACGCUGGGGGAGCUGAAGGGCAAAGUAGAAGGGGCCAGGAUCAAAGGCCACCUGCCCAAGAUGCAGAUGCCCAGCAUUAAGGUGCCCAAGGUGGACAUCAAGGGGCCAAAACUGGACCUUAAAUGCGCCAAAGGGGAGGUGACCCCUCCUGACACAGAGGUGUCUCCAUCCCGUGUGGAGGUGGCUGUCCAGGAGCCACACGCCAGGGUGGUGGGUGCCAUUGGCCCGGAGGACAAGGAGGUGGCCACCCGAGAGAGCAAGUUCAAGAUGCCCAAGGUCAGCAUGCCGUUCUUCCGACCAUCAUCCAGUAAGACGUACUCGGUGUCUUCGCACGCCCGCGGAGGCGCCCCCGUUGCAGAAGUGACUUCCUGUCCUGACAUAGUGCGUACAGCUGUUGACUCAGCUGAUCAUUCUGUUUCCACGGGAGACGCGGGUUGGGAGGACGCCACACGUACGAAGUGCCAGGUGCCUCUCCCCAGAGCCAGCGUCUCUCCAGAGGUGCCUAGGGAAAUCCUCUCUGAGUCCAAGGGGGGUGCGCCCCAGUUCAGCGCCCCCCGUGCUGCCGACCUCCCAUCCUGGGAGCCCGUUCCUUCGUCCCAACCUGACAGCCGCCCUGGCCCUGCGGACCCCCCGGUUCACACGUCUUAUGGCCGCGUGACUUUUCCUAAAUUCCAUCGACCGAAGUUCCGGUUUUCAGUCGCAGUGGCAGCCGAGGCCGAGGGAGAGCCCCGCGCCCUGGAGGGUGCCCCCUCCCCUCGCAGCCCCACACAGGUCCUGGACUCUGAGGAAGCCACAGUGUGCCUGGGCUCAGCCACUCCGCUGCCACCUGCAGGCGUCUCCAUGUCCAGGGGCACGGAGGAGCCCGCGGGCAGUGCUGGGACAUCCGCCAUGGCUGCAGGGGGGGUGCCCGUGGGGGAGGUGGCAGCCGGAGCCGAGCGGGCCAGCUCGCAGGACAGCUGGUUCAGGAUGCCCUCGCUCCGCCUGCCCAGCUUCUGGCGCUCCUCGAAGGAGCAGGGGGGGGCGGGGGCACCGAGGGAAGGGGAGGCCCCCGCUGCAGCCAAGAGUCCAGGGGUCUGUGCUCCUGGGUCAGAGGCGGAGGCAGCCGUGGCCCCAUCGCCCCCAGAGGCAGAGGCGGAGGCAGAGGCAGAGGUGGAUGCGGUGGAAGCUCUCAGGGGAGGUUUGCACAGCCCAGCCCCAGGCUCGGAGCUGCACCUGCCUCCUGCCAGCAUGUCCCCCGAUGAGCCUCCCACUUCCCAGGCCCGGGUGGGUCCCGGCGAAGGCCCCCUUUCCCUUCAGAUGCCUGGAGGGAGACAUUCAGAAACCCAAGCUCCUGCCAGGGGGGCAGGGAGCGCUGAGCACCCGUCUACCCCACCGGAAGGCCCUCUCAGACUGAAGGCUUCGAGGACAGACGUGCCAGCCCAAAUCUCCAUCGUGGGUCGGGUCUGGGAGGACUCUGUGCUCACUGUCAAGUUCCCCAAGUUAAAGGUGCCCAGGUUCACCUUCCCCGCCCCCAGCUGCGAGGCCGACAUCUUCAUCCCCCCGGCUGUGCGAGAGGUGUGGUGCCCGGACAGCAGCCUGGAUCUGGCCCUGAGCAAGGAGCACCCUGGGGUGUGGGGCGUGAGCCUCCUGCAGGCCGGCGCUGUGGGCCCCGGGCAGCAGCCCGUGGCCUUGGACCUCCCCGCGGAGGCCAGCCCCAUUUCCAAGGUCAGAGUCCACAUUCAAGGUGCCCGGGUGGAAAGCCGGGAGGUCACCAUACACAGCAGGGUCCUGGCAGAGCCUGCUGACUGGCCGGGACCCCAGGCUGGCUCCACUCAGAUCGUCCGGGAGUCAGAGAUCCCAGCCUCCGAGGUCCAGACGCCUUCCUAUGGGUUCUCCUUGCUCAAGGGGAAGGUCCCCGAGUGCCCCUUGCGGGCCCAGGUGCAGGUGGUCACUCAGGGCAGCCAAGCCGCUUCCCAAGGUGACCGUGGGGCCCUGGGAGCUGACCGGGGGCCUGGAGCCCUGCAGCCCGACACAGAGACGUUUGAAAUCAUCUUCUCUGGCACUGACGAGGGACCGCAGACGGCCACGUCGGAAGGGAGCUCAGGCCUCCAGCCUGCAGACAGCGGUUUCGACGACGAGGAGCCCGCGGAAAUCCUCGAAUUGCCCCCCGAAGACGGCCGAGAGGGAGACGGGGCUGCUAGGGAGAAGCCGGAGAGCAAACGGUCCUCCGGGCGGUUCCGGUUUUGGCUUCCGAGCAUCGGGUUCUCCUCCGCGGCGGCCGAGGACACCAGCACCGCAGCCACAGAAGAGGAACCCACACCGGCUCCGGUCCAAACGCAGCCCGAGGCCCGCCCGGCGGCCGAGCUGCCCAAGAAGCCGGAGAAGGCGGGCUGGUUCCGAUUCCCCAGAUUAGGGUUCUCCUCGGCCCCCAGCAGGAAGAGCGAGGGCGCUGGGGACGAGCCGGGCCCGGCGGAGGCCAAGCCCCAGGAAGAGGCGCUCACGUUUUUCGAUGCCCGAGAAAGCUUCUCCGCCGAGGACAAGGAGGGGGAGCCCGGGGAGCCCGCGGGGGCUGCAGGCGCCCGGCCGGCCCCCAGCGCCACGGCGGCGCCCAAGGCCGGAACGGAGGCAGCCAGGCCGGAGCCGAGCAGGAAGGCCGGUGCCCAGCCCGCGCCCGCGCCCCAGACCCAGUGAGGCCGCAGGCGCCACUUUCCAGGGGGCAGAGGCGCACGUGUCCACCGCGACAGGACUGAAGCCGCGCGCCAUCGCGGACCGACUCUGCAAGCGAAGGGCCACGCGGGGCGGGGGCUCCCGAAGACGUGGCUGGAGGGCUCAUCGGGUGGGGACCUGCGCUCACGCCCUGCCGGGCUCUGCUGGCUGCGCACGUGGCCGUGGCCUUGGCCGUGGUGCGCGGCUGUGGUGUGGUGUGGGCGUGGUCACGGUGUGCGCGUGGGCGGGGUCGCGGUGUGGGCGUGGCCUCCCCUGCUCUGCCCCCGGGCUCCUCCAGCUUCCUCCUUGCAGACAGAGUCCCCCAUAUCCCUGGGAACCCCGCUGCCCGCUCGCAGAUACGUGUAACCAGCUCCCUCCGUUGUUGACCGCCCCCCGCAGCCUGGGGCGCUCCCUGGGACCCGCGCAGACCCCGGCAGGAAGGCGGUGCCAGGUGCUGGCUGUGGGUGCGAGCCAGCGGGGGUGCCCCCGCGCGCCCCAGCCCCUCGCUGUGCCCUGCCGACUCCACCCGCUGUUCCCCGCCAGGCAAUAAAGGAGGUGAUGCGCCCA